CACUCCUAUUGCGCAGUCAGGUCAAAGCUGCCUCCACAACUUUCUGCCGAGUCAUCGGACAGAGACGCACCUCCCGUCUGCGCGUGACUGCGCGCUCCUCUGGUCCGCUCGUCGUCAUCAUCAUCAUCAUCAUUGUCGGUGCGGACCUGGACUGAGAUGUCGAACGCGGCGAGAGAUGAGAAGAGCGCGUCCGGUGAUCGUCGCGACCGGUCUGAAAGGAUCCACGUGGCCGUCAACAGUCUCACCAAGAGCGGAGGCUGCACCGUCAGACAGAUCGUGACAACAUCAUCGGGGACUCAACAGCCAACUGAAGGAGAAAGCAACGCUCCUCCACCUGUCUCCAGACCCUCCACAGAGUCUCUCAGAGAGCGCCCCGCCACGCCCAGAGCCGAUCCAAACCCUCACCGCACUGGCAUGCAGUCACUGCUGGAGGAGAUCACAGCCAGUCCAGGACUAAUGGAGAGCCUGCUGUCGGGGCCCUACGUCAGCAGCCUCCUCAGCUGCCUCAGCCAGAACCCUGACCUGGCUACACAGAUGCUGCUGAGCCGCCCUUUGUUCUCAGGAAAUCCACAGCUGCAGCAGCAGAUGCGGCAGCAGAUCCCUCUCUUCCUGCAACAGCUGCAGAGUCCAGCGCUGCUGUCAACCAUGUUGAACCCCAGAGCCAUGGAGGCUCUGCUACUCAUCCAACAGGGCCUACAGACUCUGGCUGCAGAGGCUCCUGCACUGAUACCUAUAGCCGGUGUUAAUGAUGCCCCUGAGCGGGCGUCGGACUCUGUCCUUAACAGCCAAUCAGGAAGUGGUCCCCGGGUUGCCACGGUGACGGAGCAGCAGCAGCAGCAAUUUGUGCAACAGAUGCUACAGGCGCUGGCUGACACCAAUCACAGGGUCCAUGUUGACAGGGCUGAGUUCCACGACGAGCUGGAGCAUCUGAGCUCAAUGGGCUUCAGAGACAGAGAGGCAAACCUUCAGGUCCUCGUCAGCACUGGAGGAGACCUCACCACCGCUAUACAACAUCUGCUUGGGCUCUGACAACCACACCCAGAUGUUGAUCUGUGCAUAUAUACGUACAUAAGUGAAAGUACACAUACAUAUCACAGAAAAUCACCUACAUUCAAACAUAAUGAUAUUAUUAUCAAUGCUUACAAAGUGCUUUACAAAAAAACAAAACAUUCUUAGUUUAACAGUGGCUCUUACCUUCCUACACUUUACAUUGUUGAUAUUUCUGUCCUCUUUGUCCUUCCAGAGUGAGUGCUUUGGGUUAUUAUUAUGGGUGAAACAAAAUAAUACAAUCACAGAUCCGUACAGGUACUGAGAUCCAACUUGCAGCCUGUAGACUUGUAGCAACUGCAGACAUAUUUAGAUUAAGGUCAUGUAUAAUUCAUCUCUGUCCAUGAAGCUUAGGCCUCUUUUCAUCUGGCCACCUGCACAGUAAUGAGAGCUUGUGCCACCCAGAGGCGGUCACGUGUUCUUAGAAGUUCACAUAAGAUUCAAACCAGAUAGUUACACUGAGCUCCAAAAGUUGCAUUUCCCUCGUUUAUCACACGGGAACUCUGAUCUGCAGUUGAUCAACUUACAACCCAAACCUAAGAUGACUAUGAAGAGUUGAAGCUGAACACCUGUGAUUUCAUUUUUGAUAUGUUCAAAACAGCCCCAGUAAAAAAAGAACCAUGCUGCAGUGUUUGUGCCAGAAGCAGCGGUUCACCAACUGACUGAGCAACAUACGUUCACUCAUCUAGUUAUGUGGAUCCGAUGUGAGCAUAAUUCAGUUGUUCAUUAAUUAUGUACUGUAUGUAUGCACCGGUUGUCAUUUCACUUGUAUUUCUGAUCAUUUCCUGCUUUAAAAGUGUGUUCCCUCCAUGCUUCCCUUGUUCACUGAAAUGUUACCGGUACACAGAAUUCAAAAGAGAUGCUACAAAUGAUUAUUCUCAUUAUCAAUUAAAACAACGUUGUACCCUGA